AUGAAGGAGUGCACUUCAUGUCUCGGCUGUGCAAAGGACUGCCUGCCAACCUUUGCCUGCAUGGUUCAAACACUCUCUUACCAAAUUAGACUGCCGGCAGCCGCCAACCACCGGAGCCACCACGACCACCAGCCGGACCUGAUCUUCACCGCCGACCAGCCCUUGGACGAAACCCUAGGCCACUCCUUCUGCUACGUCCGAUCUUCCAACCGUUUCCUCUCUCCGACCCCUUCCGAUCGUUUCCUCUCUCCUUCCAGCUCCCUACGAUUCUCCCCGCCCCGAGCCGGACCCGAAUCAGCCGCUCCCUCCGCCGCAGCAGCAGGCGGCGGCGGCGGGGCGACCGCGUUCAGGACCAUUUCUGGUGCUUCAGUCAGCGCCAACACUUCCACUCCCAGGACAGUGGUCCAGCUCGACGGAAUCUACGACGACGACGCUGACGGCGGCGGCGGAGUCAAGAACAGCAUCAGCAACAGCUGCAGCGGAGUCUUUAGCGCCAAUGGCUUCGAGAGCACAGCGUCCUUUGCCGCUGUUCCGCUGCAGCCCGUGCCACGUGGCGGGGAAGGGUUCUUCCAGUCCGGUCCGAUCGAGCGGGGCGCAUUGUCCGGGCCGCUUGACGCUAACUCCGGCGGUGGAGAGAGCGCCGGCGGGGUGCACUUCUCGGCCCCUCUUGGCGGGAUGUAUGUCAAGAAGAGGAGGCGGAGGGGCAUUCCGAGGCUGAAGAAGGCAAUUUAUCGCAACCUAUCGGAGAAGAAGCUGCCGUGGGUGGUUCCCGUGCUGAAUUUCGUGAACCGGAGAGAGAAUUCCGCCGGUGGAGAAGAGGGAGAUGGCAAGUACGAGAACAGUGUACAGUGGGCUCUAGGGAAGGCCGGAGAAGACCGAGUGCAUGUAGUUGUAUCGGAGGAGCAAGGAUGGUUGUUUGUUGGGAUAUACGAUGGGUUUAAUGGCCCUGAUGCUCCUGAAUUCUUGAUGGGGAAUCUUUACCGAGCUGUGUAUCACGAGCUGCAAGGAUUGUUUUGGGAUGUUGAGGAGUCCGGAGAUGCUGCGGUGGCUGCUGCUACUCCUGCAGAAUCUGGAAUUCCAGAGCAGAAUGAAACAAACCAAUCGACGGAGGAGACUGGUAAGGAUGGUGGUGUGGGUGUAAAUGGUAGUUGUGAAUCUAGUUUAGUAUCUCAUGGUCAAGAUAAUGUUGUUGCUAGGGCUAAUUGUAAUGAUCUAGAUUGUGAAACUGGAUCAAGCAAUGCAGCUCAAGCUAACUCAUCAACUGAAAUAUGUGUUGUAAAAGAGAGUGAUGGUAUGAAUGGUGGAAUCGAACAUUCAUCAGUGCAUCACCAAGAUAGAGUAAAAAGGGUUACAUUUCAAUCAAACGGCACGGAGAUUCCUUAUAGGAGAAAGCUGUGGGAGUUUCUUGCCAAUGAGGAUUUGGAGGAUGGCCUUGAUCUUUCCGGAUCAGAAAGAUUUGCCUUCUCUGUUGAUGAUGCUAUCAGUGUUGGCAAUGCUGGGUCAGCAGCGAGCAACAGGUGGCUACUACUGUCGAAAUUGAAACAAGGGCUGUCAAAGCACAGAGAAAGAAAGUUGUUUCCUUGGAAAUUCGGGUUGGCGGGCAAGGAAGAGAAAGUAGAAGUGGAGAUAGCUAGAGUGGAGGAUAGGGUUUUGAAGAAAAUGCGGAAAGAAGGGCCAGUGGACCAUGACUUAGUUUUGAGGGCAUUGUCUCGGGCUUUAGACGUGACAGAGCUUGCAUACUUGGAUAUGACUGAUAAGGUGCUAGGUACAAAUCCAGAGUUGGCAUUGAUGGGAUCAUGUUUAUUGGUGGUUCUGAUGAGGGACGAGGAUGUAUAUGUAAUGAAUGUUGGUGAUAGUAGGGCAAUUGUGGCACAGUAUGAGCCUCAAGAGGUUGUUUCAAAAGCGGGUGAUAAUGGGUCGACCACCGAAGGGAUAGUUGAUGGUCCUGCUCAGGCAAUGUGCUUGACUGCAUUGCAGCUGUCCACAGACCACAGCACGAGUAUUGAAGAAGAAGUUCUAAGGAUCAAGAAUGAACAUCCAGAUGACAGCCAAUGUAUUGUCAAUGAUAGAGUGAAAGGUCGUCUUAAGGUUACCAGAGCAUUUGGAGCUGGAUUCCUGAAACAGCCAAAGCUGAAUGCUCCAUUGUUGGAAAUGUUUCGGAAUGAGUAUAUAGGCACUGCACCUUAUAUAUCCUGCAUCCCUUCUCUUCGUCACCAUCAUCUCUGUCCAAGAGACCAGUUCUUGGUUCUAUCAUCAGAUGGCCUAUAUCAGUAUCUCACAAAUCAGGAAGUGGUUUCUAUUGUUGAAAAUUUCAUGGAGAAGUUUCCAGAGGGAGAUCCUGCACAGAGUUUGAUAGAGGAACUUCUUUCCCGUGCAGCCAAGAAAGCGGGGAUGGAUUUUCACGAGCUACUGGACAUCCCACAAGGAGAUCGACGGAAAUACCAUGACGACGUUACAGUCAUGGUGGUAUCCCUCGAAGGACGAAUCUGGAAAUCAUCGGGAAAGUACCUUUAACAGUCGCAGCUCAAAACCAGCAGCAGCCUUGUGCAUACAGACUUGGUUGAAGAUCGAAGUGAACAUUUUUUCGAUUCUCAGCUGGCCGAGUAACAGAUUACAACAAGAGGUCGAGGUCGUCCAUCUAUCAUGGGCGCAGAGAACUCUUACUUUUGGGGGAGGUGGUGAUGUACAGUUAAAUAGGUUUGGGGGCCAAAGUCCAAAAUGAUAUGUUAGCCGUUGGUUCAAGAAAGGAAAAGGGGUGAAAACACCAAAAGAGACGAGGGAAUCUUGUGAUUGAUGGGGGGAGAGUUUGGAGAAGGGGGAGGUGGAGAAAAAAAAAAGUUUUGUUUGGUUUUUGUCAAGUCCAUUCUUGUUUCUUUUAGCUAUCUUUAUAGGUUAGGGGGGAGACUUUUCUUUUGCCUUUUGGUUUGAAAUAUGGGAAGAAGGUGUUGUUCAGAAGGUCAAAAAUUUGUCUGUAAUUCGAAAUGGUGGGCUGGUAUAGAGAUGACUUUUGGAGCAUAUUUGCAGGUAAAGUUUGAGCUCUCUAUGGCUUUCCAUCUUGCCAUCUCCAUUUUUGGUGCAUGCUUCGCCAGAAUCGGUUUAAGGGUUAGCCUAAUUGUAAUAUGGUGAUCGACGGUCAAGUUGAGCUCUGACUUUGCAGCUAGGUUUUCAUCAUGCACAUUGAUAGAAUUGUUUACAUUUUGGUGCUUUGGAGUGACAUCGAACAUAAAAAUAAAGGGGUUGAGUAGGAAAAUAAUCAAGAUUCAAGAGAGAACCAAAUCCGAACCUCCAACGGAUUUGGUAGAGGCUGCAGCAAAAUUCCUCGAAACUCAUUCGAGUAACAUUACAAAAACAAGACCAUAUCAUCGAGAGGUCAAAUGUUCAAGAUACAAAAACUUCAAGCAGUGACAGCAGCUGCGGAAGGUGCUGAUGCCCUCGACUCCAGCCACGCCACCAAAUCCUCUCGGCUAGCCACGAAGCACCCAGCGCCUCUCUCCUCGCACUGCCUGAACGGCGCGCUCAUCCUCUCCACAUGAGCUCCGAAUGAGCUCGCCAUCCCUUGAGCAAACUUGUGGGUGCCAGCCCCUGUCUGAGCUGAGAACAGCUCCGGCAGCUCCUCGUUCUUGCUCACGAACUUUGCCAGCGUCCCUAUCCACUCCUCCAGCGCAGUACAUGCUGCUCCAACAGAGAGAGACCGAACGUCGAGGCUCCAUUCCUCCUGAGUCACGUUAUGUAAAUCCGGGUACAACCCGAAUAGUGUACCAAGAUAGAGCAGCUCGUGAGCUCUUGUAUGACGCUCCCUGUUCCGACAUACAUCAAUCAAGCAGUUGCAGAACGGCCUCCUUGACUCAACUGAAGUGCUGCUCAUCAGCACCUUAAACUCAUCCUUAACAUCCUCAAACCGGGUCGUCUCAUCCUGAAUGGAGUUCAGAAACCCCACCAGUUUCGGGUUAGCUAAUCUUAGACAAUCAACAACCUUGGCAGUGUCAUCAUUGCUUUCGCACAUAGCUACGAUUGAGAGCAAGCAUCCAGAUAGCCGAUCGUCGGGCUUAAUCCCCUGUCCAAUCACAACAUCAAACACUCUAACGAGAUCAUCGAUCUUUUGACUUUUCCCUAAGCAUUGAAUCAAGCAAGUGGAUCCCAUGACAUUGAGCGCAACACCCAAACUCGACAUCUCAUCGAACAACUCCAUAGCUUUCUCAGCAUUCCCUCCGCUGCCAUAUAUAUUCAUCAUCGCAGUAUAAGUCCAGCUGUCCGGCUUGCAGACCUUCGAGCUCUUCAUAUCCUCGAACAGUUUUUCGGCCUCCUCCACCAAUGCCAGGUCAGCACACAUGCUCAGCAACGUGUUGUACAAGAUAAAGUCCAUCGGCCAGCCAUUCUCCCUCAUUCUGUCCCACAGCUCCAUUGCAUCUUUAGCCCAUCGAGCCUUGCCGUAGACCUUGAUCAUUGCGGUUAGUGUCUUCUCAUCCGGGGUUAAUCCCAAACCGAUCAUUUCCUCGAACAGGCUGCGCGCCAAACCCGGUUUCCCAGCCUUCCCCAUUGCUUCCAACAGGGUGUUGUACACUACCAUGUUAGGCUGCACACCUAGAGCUUUCAUCUCCUGAAGAACAUACCGAAUCCCAUCGUAAUCACCAGCUUCCCCAAACAUCUUGGCAAGCACCGAAAACGUGAUCGAAUCGGGCUUCCAUCCACUAGCUACUCCUCUCUCGUACAAGCUCAGAACUUCCUCAACUUUCCCCAACUUGGCAUACACGUCUAGCACAGCCGAGUAAGUCACUUCAUCAGGCAUCAACCCUGUCCUAUACAUUCUCUCGAACCAUUCCAGCGCCUUAUCGAAUCGAUUGCAUCUCUUGGCACAAGUUAUGAUUGUAGAGUAAGUGAUGUUAUCAAGAGGUAUUUCAUUGCUCACCAUUUCAUUAGCCAGCUGCUCGAUCAAUUCAAACUGCUUGCCGAAUCGCAGGGACUUCAUUGCCACAUUGUAGAAGAUGGUCUCGAGGGGGAAGGAGUCCUCUAGGGUUUUCAGCCACUGGAAGAACAUGUAGCUCUGCUGCCAUGAUUUCAAGCUGUUGAGGAUUAGGAGCGAGUUUUCUCGGGUGGGCGGGUGAGGCAGCUGCGCGAUUGCGGCGGCGAAUUCGGCUUCAGACGGGGCCGAAUCGCUCAGCUUCUGUGCAAAGAGGCGGAGCUCUCUCACCUUGGGGUUGUGGGCAUAGGCAGAUCUCUUGUGGCGGUGGAGGGAGAGGACUGACCUCUUGGGCCUCGCCGGGUUGACCCAUGUGGAUUUCGAGUUGGAUGACUGGAGGCGACGGUCGGGUGCAGCGGAGAGUGUGGCGGCGGAGAGCGGCUUGAGCUGGUCGGAGAGAGACGGGCCGUUCUUCUUCGUUUUCGAGGAUUGGGAGGGGUUCCGAGGGGAUUCUUCAUCGGCGGUGGCUGCGGCGGAGGUGGAGGAAAUGGGGCGGCGGAGGAAUCUGGUUCGUGUUGCGGGGAAAGUGAAACACGAUUGCUUCUUGAUUGGGGAGGACGAGAAGAAGAAGGUGGUUCGAGUGGGUUCGGAUUGGGGAAUUGUACUGAAGCAGACGUCCAUCGCUGCGGACAGACCGGCAGCCAUUGACGGGAGCCGGGGAGCUUAGAGCUGGAGAGGAAGCAGACGGCGGCAAAUACAGGAAAUGCUAUCUUCA